UACUUUGAAGGAAGGACCCCCGCCUUCCCCGGCUGAGGAAAAUGGCCGACGUAGAGAUGGAAAUCGAGUCUACAAGAAUGAAUAAUAAUGGGAACGAACACGUGAAAGAAGAUUUAGAGAGCAAUGAGAAGAGUGGGAGUGAGGAGGAGAGUGUUGAAAAUUCUGAAGAAGAAGAGGACGAUAAAGAGGUCAGAGAGGGGGAAGCUGAAAUGAAUGGAGAGAAGACAGCAGAGGGGUCCAAACAUUACAGCAGUGGCAGCAAACACAAGAAAAAGAAACACAAACACCGCAGCAAGCACAAAAAACACAAACACGCCUCCGAAGAGGACAAGGACCGCAAGCGCAAACAUAGACACAAACACAAGAAACACAAACGUAAAGAUGGCUCCUCUCCAUCCGCCCUUGGCAUCAACAGCUCCUCUAGCCACAGAAAAACGGACAUAUCCCCUGUAUCUGACGACAAGGCUUUAUUGGAGGAGUUGGAGAAACAGAGGGCCAUGAUCAAAGCAGAGCUAGACAGCCAGAUGAUGGAGGGGGGAAAAGUGCAGUCAGGCAUGGGCCUCAUCCUACAGGGUUAUAACUCUGGCUCUGAGGAGGGAGAGGGAGAUGGGGGGGUCCGGAAUGGGGAGCAGCACCAGAGGGACAGCAUGGCAAAGCCCCCCUCCCCCAGGGGUAGGAGUGGUAAAUCCAGACGGGACACCACAGAAGCAGGCAAGUCCAGCUCCAAGCGCCACAGCAAGUCCAGGGAGAGGACCGGCAAGGAGUCCAAGUCAGACAAAACGACCAAAGGCACCAAAAACACCACCGCCAAAGAACGUGCCCGCAGCAAAUCAAAAGAGAGGAAACGCUCCCAGAGCAGGUCCAAAGAGAGAAGCAAGAAGUCUCCUUCCCCCUCCAGCAGGAGAUCAGAGCAGAGGGGCGGCCGCUUGGACAAACGCUCCUCGCCCCAGACCGAUGACAGACCAAACGCGGUGCACAGCAGCCCGAGGUCCAGAUCACGGGAGCGCCCAGGACGAUCGGAGGCAGAGAAAGAGCCGGACAAGAGGCCGACCAAGUCCCCGUUUAAGGACACCUCGUCAGGGAAAGAGAAUCGCUCUCCCCAAAGGCGAGGAGGAAGGGAGCUCCGCAGCCCCCAGAGGAGACGCAGCACCUCCCCACGCUCCACCAGAGACUCCCAACGGGCAUCAGCUUCAGCCUCCACCUCCAAACAGGGCUCUCCUUCCAGAGCAGCCAGAUCCCCAGCCAGGAGAGGCAGCAGUCGCUCCAUAGACGCCAGGAGGAGGGAUGCUGACAGACAGGGCUCCUCACCACUAAGGAAGCGAAUACGGCCAGAAGCAGGACCAGGGGGUAGAGCGAGGUCACGGGAGACCAGCCCCAGAGGUGCUCCACAAGGUCGCAGGAUGAGCCGCUCUCCCUUCAGAAGAAGGUCUCCCUCGCCCUUCCGGAGACGGAGUAGAUCUCCACUGAGACGCAGGUCACCAGAGAGGGACAGGUACGGCCGUCUCAGACAGUACGGCAGGCGCUCCAACUCCCGGGACCGGGACAGGAGGAGGAGACAUGGCCGGGACGAGGACAAAUUCAAGGGCAGCCUCUCUGAGGGCAUGAAGGCCGACAAGGAGUCCUCCGAAGAGGAAGUGUUCGAGGACUUUGACGGUGAGGAGGUGGAUGAAGAGGCCCUCAUAGAGCAGCGCCGCCAGCAGCGCCUAGCUAUCGUCCAGAAAUACCGUGGCGGCAACGAGGACAGCAUGACGUCUAUGGCGUCGGAUCCCAGUAGCCCCCAGAGCAGCACGCGGAGCCGCUCGCCCUCACCAGACGACAUCCUGGAGCGCGUGGCGGCCGACGUGAAGGAGUACGAGCUGGAGAACCUGGACACGUUUGAGGAGAACAUCAAGGCCAAGCAAGGCCUCAUCACACACGAGAAGGACGGACCCAAAAAGCCCUCGGCCCCGGAUAUGUUCACAGAAUCGGACGACAUGUUUGAAGCAGCCAUUGAUAGUGCCAGGAUGAGAGCAGCAGGUGUGGGGGGGAAGGACUUCAAAGAGAACCCCAACCUCCGGGACAACUGGACCGACGCAGAGGGUUACUACCGUGUGAACAUUGGGGAGACGCUGGACAAGCGCUACGACGUGUAUGGCUACACAGGCCAGGGAAUGUUUAGCAAUGUGAUCAGGGGCAGGGACACGGCCCGCGCCGGACAGGAUGUGGCUGUCAAGAUCAUCCGGAACAACGAGCUCAUGCAGAAGACUGGCCUGAAGGAGCUGGAGUUCCUCAAGAGGCUCAACGACGCCGACCCCGACGACAAGUUCCAUUGCCUGCGCCUCUUCAGACACUUCUACCACAAGCAGCACCUGUGUCUGGUGUUUGAGCCCCUCAGUAUGAACUUGCGCGAGGUGUUGAAGAAGUAUGGUAAGGAUGUGGGCCUCCACAUCAAGGCUGUCCGCUCCUACACCCAGCAGCUCUUCCUGGCCCUCAAGCUCCUCAAACGGUGCAACAUCCUCCACGCUGACAUCAAGCCCGACAACAUCUUGGUGAAUGAGUCGAAGACCAUCCUGAAACUCUGCGAUUUUGGCUCGGCAUCCCACGUGGCGGACAACGACAUCACGCCGUACCUCGUCAGCAGAUUCUACAGAGCUCCCGAAAUCAUCAUUGGGAAGCCGUACGACUACAGCAUAGACAUGUGGUCGGUGGGCUGCACCCUAUACGAACUCUACACAGGCAAGAUCCUGUUCCCCGGCUCCUCCAACAACCACAUGAUCAAACUUGCCAUGGACCUCAAGGGCAAGAUGCCCAACAAGAUGAUCCGGAAAGGCCUGUUCAAAGACCAGCACUUUGAUCAGAACCUCAACUUCCUCUACAUUGAAGUAGACAAAGUGACUGAAAGGGAGAAGGUGACAGUGAUGAGCACCAUCAACCCCACCAAGGACCUGUUGUGUGACAUGGUGGGGGGCCAGCGGCUGCCCGAGGAGCAGAGGAAGAAGGUCCUGAUCCUCAAAGACCUGAUCGACAGCACGCUGAUGCUGGACCCGGCCAAACGCAUCAGUAUCAACCAGGCCCUGCAGCACCCCUUCAUCCAGGAGAAAAUCUGACCUCAGACCAGCUCACACUAUACCACUAGCCUGUUUCCAGAUCCAUUUGUGCUGUCUCGCCAAUUAUGGUCAUUCUGAUGUCAAUUGCAUGACAACAACAACAGUUGGCAAAACAGCACAAAACAGAUCUGGGACCAGGCUACUAUACCACCACCACCCAGAGCAGCGAUGUCAGGUCGAAUACUGCAGUAUGGCAGCCAAAAAGACAAGACCAGACUCCCCAUUAAGAAUGUUAUGGAUGUAUAUUUUUCCCUCCCCCCCAAUUUUGAUUAUGAUGGGUACUAUAACCUGGUAUCUAGUUUUAUUGUAAAUAGGUCAUUGAAAAUUGACAUUCAAAAAAAUGUUUUAACUGGCAAUGAAAUGACAGACAUUGAAAGAAUAUAAUUCCUGUAAAUAUGUCUAUUGUGUUGUUGGAAGAAUCAGAGUGUUCGUCAGUCUAGAAAUUUGGGUCAAGAAGAUGAUACAUAAUGGCACAUCUUCUGCAGUUUCUUUUUUAUGAUUACAAACAUUGCUCAUUCUGCUACGAUGCAUGCUUUUGAAUGUGCAUUCUUUCGUUGUGCCCUAGACGUGUGUAGCGCAGGCCUGUGUAAUGUAAAUGCUCUGUGUGUGUAGCAGCAUUUAUGUCCCAUAUGUUAUGGCAGCACAAGCCCCAUUUUACAGGUCCCAGGCCUGUGCUUAAGGAAUGGACUCAACAGUAGUACUGUACUCCCCUCAGAACAAUAGGCAAUGAUUUCACAACUUCUCUUUAUUUCUCGCUUUCUCUCUCUCUCUCUGACACGGUCCUGGCUAUAGGCUCUCAGCCUCGUGCAUGAGCCUUGUGUGUAAAACACAGAACUGGUGGAAGUUCUCGAAGCCACCACUCUCCCUCAUUGUUCUCUUAUGUUGUGUACACACAGUUUAUUAGGUACACCCAUGUAGUACAGGGUCGGAUCCCCCUUUGCCUCCAGAACAGUCUGAAUUAUUCGGGGCGUGUAAUCUACAAGUCUGAAACGUUCUACAGGGAAUGUUGGUCCUUGCUAAUGCAAUGGCAUCACACCACCUGUACCGUUAACACCAGGCAGGAUGGGUCCUGCUGCUUAUGCCAAAUCCUGACUCUGCCAUCAGCAUGACGCAACAGGAUUCGACAGACCAGGACAUUUUUUCCCACCUCUUUUUAUUUAUUUGUUUAACCCCUUUUUCUCCCCAAUUUCAUGGUAUCCAAUUGGUAGUUACAGUCUUGUCUCAUUGCUAACCCGGACAACGCUGGGCCGAUUGUGCACCGCCCCAUUGGUCUCCUGGUUGCGGCCGGCUGUGACAGAACCUGGACUCGAACCCAUAAUCUGUAGUGGCACUGCGAUGCAGUACCUUAGACCACUGCGCCACUCGGGAGGCCCUAUUUUUCCACUUCUCAAUUGUCCAGUGUUGGUGAUCGUGUGCCAACUGGAGCCUCUUCUUCUUUUUAGAUGAUAGGAGUGGAUGGAACCCGGUGUGCUCGUCUGUCGCAAUAGCCCAACCGUGACAAGAAUCGACGAGUUGUGCGUUCCGAGAUGCCCUUCUGCACACCACUUGUACUGUGCCGUUAUUUGUCUGUUUGUGGCCAGCCUAUUGGCUUGCACGAUUAUUGCCAUUCUCCUUCGGCCCCUCACCAAUGAGCUGUUUUCGCACCAUUCUCGGGGACACCCUACACACUUGUGUGUGAAAAGCCCAGGAGGCAGCUGUUUCUGAGAUACUGAAUCCGGCGUUCCUGGCACCGACGAUCAUAUCACAUAUACAAAGUCGCUUAGGCCACUCCUUUUGCACAUUCUAACGUUCAACCGAACAGUAACUGAAUGCCUCGAUGCCUGUCUGCCUGCUUUAUAUACAGUCGUGGCCAAAGGUUUUGAGAAUGACACAAAUAUUAAUUUCCACAAAGUUUGUCAGAUGUUACUAUGGAAUACUGAAGUAUAAUUAGAAGCAUUUCAUACGUGUCAAAGGCUUUUAUUGACAAUUACAUGAAGUUGAUGCAAAGAGUCAAUAUUUGCAGGGUUGACCCUUCUUUUUCAAGACCUCUGAAAUUCGCCCUGGCAUGCUGUCAAUUAACUUCUGGGCCACAUCCUGACUGAUUGCAGCCCAUUCUUGCAUUAUCGAUGCUCGAAUUUGUCAGAAUUUGUGGGGUUUUGUUUGUCCACCUGCCUCUUGAGGAUUGACCACAAGUUCUCAAUGGAAUUAAGGUCUGGAGAGUUUUCUGGCCAUGGACCCAAAAUAUUAAUGUUUUGUUCCCCGAGCCACUUAGUUAUCACUUUUUCCUCAUGGCAAGGUGCUCCAUCAUGCUGAAAAAGGCAUUGUUCGUCACCAAACUGUUCCUGGAUGGUUGGGAGAAGUUGCUCUCAGAGGAUGUGUUGGUACCAUUCUUUAUUCAUGGCUGUGUUCUUAGGCAAAAUUGUGAGUGAGCCCACUCCCUUGGCUGAGAAGCAAACCCACACGUGAAUGGUCUCAGGAUGCUUUACUGUUGGCAUGACAGAGGACUGAGCAAGCUCAGGAAUGUACUGGUGGUGCCCCGAUUCCACAGCUGAAUCAACUUUAGGAGACAGUCCUGGCGCUUGCUGGACUUUCUUGGGCGCCCUGAAGCCUUCUUCACAACAAUUGAACCGCUCUCCUUGAAGUUCUUGAUGAUCUGAUAAAUGGUUGAUUUAGGUGCAAUCUUACUGGCAGCAAUAUCCUUGCCUGUGAAGCCCUUUCUGUGCAAAGCAAUGAUGAGGGCACGUGUUUCCUUGCAGGUAACCAUGGUUGACAGAGGAAGAACAAUGAUUCCAAGCACCACCCUCCUUUUGAAGCUUCCAGUUUGUUUUUCGAACUCAAUCAGCAUGACAGAGUGAUCUCCAGCCUUGUCCUCGUCAACACUCACACCUGUGUUAACGAGAGAAUCACUGACAUGAUGUCAGCUGGUCCUUUUGUGGCAGGGCUGAAAUCCAGUGGAAAUGUUUUUUGGGGAUUCAGUUCAUUUGCAUGGCAAAGAGGGACUUUGCAAUUCAUAUGAUCACUCUUUAUACAUGGAGUAUAUGCAAAUUGCCAUCAUACAAACUGAGGCAGCAAACUUUGAAAAUGUAUAUAUUUGUGUCAUUCUCAAAACCUUUGGCCACGACUGUACAGUGCUUUCAGAAAGUAUUCAGACCCCUUAGCCUUUUCCACAUUUUGUUACGUUACAGCCUUAUUCUAAAAUACCCCAUAAUGACAAAGCAAAAACAGUUUUUUAGAAAAGAUCACAUUUGCAUAAGUAUUCAGAACCUUUACUCUGUACUUUGUUGAAGCACCUUUGGCAGCGAUUACAGCCUCGAGUCUUGGGUAUGACGCUACAAGCUUGGCACACCUGUAUUUUGGGAGUUUCUCCCAGUCUUCUCUGCAGAUCCUCUAAAGCGCUGUCAGAUUGCGUUGCUGCAAAGCUAUUUUCAGGUCUCUCCCGAGAUGUUCGAUCGGGUUCAAGUUUGGGCUCUGGCUGGGCCACUCAAGGACAUUCAGAGACUUGUCCCGAAGCCAUUCCUGCAUUGUCUUGGCUGUGUGCUUAGGGUCGUUGUACUGUCGAAAGGUGAACCUUCGACCCCAGUCUGAGAACCUGCUCCAGAGCGCUCAGGACUUCAUCAAGGAUCUCUCUGUACUUUGCUCCGUUCAUCUUUCCCUCGAUUCUGACUAGGCUCCCAGUCCUUUCCGCUGAAAAACAUGCCCACAGCAUGAUGCUGCAACAACCAUGCUUCACCUUAGGGAUGGUGCCAUGUUUCCUCCAGAAAUGACGCUUGGCAUUCAGGCCAAAGAGUUCAGUCUUGGUUUCAUCAGACCAGAGAAUCUUGUUUCUCAUGGUCUGCGAGUCCUUUAGGUGCCUUUUGGUAAACUCCAAGCGGGGUGUCAUGUGAGUUACUGAGGAGUAGCUUCCGUCUGGCCACUCUACCAUAAAGACCUGAUUGGUGGAGUGCUGCAGAGAUGGUUGUCCUUCUGGAAGGUUCUCCCAUCUCCACAGAGGAAUUCUGGAGCUCUGUCAGAGUGACCAUCGGGUUUGGUCACCUACCUGACCAAAACCCUUCUCCCCCGAUUGCGCAGUUUGGCCUAGUGGCCAGCCCUAGGAAGAGUCUUGGUGGUUCCUCUAUGUUCUUGGGGACCUUCAAUGCUGCAGAAAUUUUUGUGUACCUUUCCCCAGAUCUGUGCCUCAAUCAAUUUAAUUUACAGCAAUUAAGUUGUAGAAACAUCUGAAGGAAAGUCAAUGGAAACAGGAUGCACCUGAGCUCAAUUUCAAGUCUCACAGCAAAGGGUCUGAAUACUUAUGUAAAUAAGGUAUUUUUAUUUUUAAUCCGUUUUACAAUAAGGCUGUAACGUAACAAAAUGUGGAAAAGGGGAAGGGGUCUGAAUACUUUCCGAAUGCACUGUAUCAAGCCACUGCCACAUGACUCACUGUCUAUAGGCGCGAUCCAUUUUUGUGAAUGGGGUGGUGUACCUAAUAAACUGGCCAGUGAGAGUAUAUUCCAUUUACCAUCGUCUUUCUUCAUUUUAAAGAUUUUCAUGUUUGUUUCGUUUGUUUUUUCACGAAAGAAAAAAAAUAGUGAUUUCCGCAAAUAAUUGAGUUUCAGCUGAUGUAAAAAGAGCACCUUCAGUGUACCACAACUUUUAGUAAUAAAAUAUUUCAUAUUCAA